ACAUAGUCUAAUGUUCACAUUUCACUUGGACUGUUGUACUAUUCAAGCGUAUACCGUAGUGUUAAGAGUUAUACACUGACGCCAGUAUGUUUAGCGUGCCUGUUUCAUUCGUGGGUUACCGGCGCACCCCAAGACGGUAUGCGCCCAGGCGUACCACCAGUUACAAGGUCACCACCCACCGUACCCCGGGGGUGACCUACCACCACAGCGGGCUUCUUCCACACCACGAUUUCGACUUCGAUCCGUACAUGGGCGAUACGAUGGGCUUAUGGAACCAGCAUAUGCACGUGUCCAACAUAGAACCGGAGAAGACGGAAUGGACGGAGAGGAUCGUAUGUACGGGAUUCUCCCCAGAGGAAGUGUCCCUGAACGUCACUGAGGAUAAAAUCCAGAUCACCUGUGUCCACAAAGAGGGCAGUGAGGAUGACCAGGAUAUACGGGAGAAGAGAAGGACGAUCGCCAUCCCGGACGAUGUGAACCCGGACGAAAUCACGGCCAACAUGACGGAUGCCGGAAUUCUCAUCCUCACAGCGCCUUUCCUCCAAGAGGAAGAAGAGGAGCAGACCAAAGAUUCCAGCGUGUCCCGCCCUGAGGAGAAAACCCAAGGGAUGUCCAUUAAGCGAGAGGCCGCCGAGAACGUCAAGAGCGAACAGAGCAAAAAAGUAGAAGACAUCACCAACGGUGAUUCGACGGACGGCACUAGAGAAAUCCGUGUGUCUACGACAGUCAAGAAGGAGCAAAAAUCUGAUCCGCGGAAACCAUUCCAGUUGGAGGUUGACAUGAGAGACUAUAAGCCGGAGAGUAUUGAGGUCAAAUUGAAUGACAACAGUCUUACUGUGAUUGGUAACCAGGAAAACAAAGACAGUUUCACGGGAAGAAUCACAACAAAGUCACUCACCCGGAAUUUUUUUGUUCCAAGAGACGUGGACUCCGAUAAAAUGUCGUCAAAACUAAACAGCGAAGGAAAGCUAAUCAUCACGGCGCCUUUCAAAGACGACAGCGAUAAGACGAUACCGAUCAAGAAACACUGAGGAACGGUAAACAAGUGACUUAUCAUUAAGGCGUUAUGUCGAUGAAGAAACACCGAGUAACGGUAAACAAGUGACUUAUCAUUAAGGCGUUAUGUCGAUGAAGAAACACCGAGUAACGGUAAACAAGUGACUUAUCAUUAAGGCGUUAUGUCGAUGAAGAAACACCGAGUAACGGUAAACAAGUGACUUAUCAUUAAGGCGUUAUGUCGAUGAAGAAACACCGAGUAACGGUAAACAAGUGACUUAUCAUUAAGGCGUUAUGUCGAUGAAGAAACACUGAGGAACGGUAAACAAGUGACUUAUCAUUAAAGUGUUAUGUCGAUGAAGAAACACCGAGUAACGGUAAACAAGUGACUUAUCAUUAAGGCGUUAUGUCGAUGAAGAAACACCGAGUAACGGUAAGCAAGUGACAAACCAGUAUAACGUUUGAAAGAUUGUUCACGAAAGAUGAGUUGAAAUAACAUUCUGUACACAGAAAAAUUGUGAUUCAGACAUUUCGGAUUUAAAAAACUUACUUUAAAUACUUGAAUAAGUGAAUGAAAACAAUAAUGUUUACCGCUCAGCUUGUGCCAAAUUUUACGAAAGUUAUGUGCAGCGUUGAAAGGGGUGAAAUGACAAGGUUCCAGUCUUCAUAAAGUGAAAAACUGAUGUCUUCUGAUUGUUACUGAUUGUUCAUUAGGUUUGAAGUUAGAGUGUAAACGUAAGACAGGUCCUGUGUUUCAAGUUUGCAGUCAAUCAUUAUACAAUGUAUAAAAUCAAUUUCCUGUUUAAAAACGAUGUGAUUUUGUUUUAUUUUUAGUAUGACUAUUCUUGAGCACAAAGCUUUAUAUGUACACAUAUGUAUAUAAUAAUUGAUAUAGUAUGUGCCUAAUGGAGUUGUCUAUGCACAUAUAAUAGUAUCUGAUAUUUUAUACCUCAAAUACCUCAAAGUCUGUUAGCAAGGAUACUCGUCCAGAACUACAGAAUGCGAACAAUGCACAGUUUGUUGCAAAAAUGCACACGCACGCAAUUUUGUGUACCACGUAACAACUCACAAAUCGUGUAAUUUGUGUAAUACAUCGAGUUGCACAAUGACACGUGUAUCAGCCUUACGCAUGUUACUGUGGAUGUGCAAUUUUUCUAUGGCGUCGUUUAUAGAGUGUACAUUUGCUUUUCUGUAAUUUUGGAAAUUUUGAGAAUCUUUUGAUUCAAGCCCCAAGUAUCUAUUCCAGACACUCAUUUCUUGAUCGACUGAUUGAAAGAAGCUGUAUUAUGCCUAGGAUACGCCAUUCGUCAAUGGCAUUCUUUAUACUCUGUAAUCCAAAUAGUUCGAUGCAAGCAAUCGUGUAUAUAUUAAUGCACCUUGCAUAUAAACCCAAUUAAUAUGAUGCGUAUAAAAUGUCUACACAAUAGAGAAAACGUUUUCAAUUUAUCUUUCAAAAAAACAGGUUUCCAGGUCGAUUAAAGGCCCCUGUAGUAUCGUAAGAAGGCAUCAAAUGA